AUGUGCUCCACCUAUCCCAUCUGCUCCGGUGUUGGCAAUGACUCCAACAGUGGACCGGGUGCUACCAACACAAGCGACAGCAAUAUCCCCGGCAUAUUCGACUUGGAUGUGGGGGACACCAAUUGGGUCAUAACAUCAUCGUUCAUCAUCUUCACCAUGCAGACAGGUUUCGGGAUGCUGGAGUCCGGGUGCGUCUCCAUUAAGAACGAGGUGAACAUCAUGAUGAAGAACGUAGCGGAUGUGGUGCUGGGUGGACUCACCUACUGGAUGUUCGGGUUUGCCCUCAGCUUUGGGAAUGGACCCUGCACAACGCCAUUUAUGGGCUGUGGCAACUUCUUCGUGGACCCAACCGUCAAGGAUCCUCUCAUGGGCCCCAUGAAUGCCGCUUUCUUGUUUCAGUUGUCCUUCGCCACCACCGCCACGACAAUCGUCUCGGGGGCCAUGGCUGAAAGGUGCAACUUCAAGGCGUACUGUAUCUUCUCGUUCCUCAACACGGUUGUGUACUGUAUACCGGCGGGCUGGGCAUGGGGAGACCACGGCUUCCUGAACAGGUUGGGUUAUGUGGACAUCGCGGGUUCGGGGCCCGUGCAUCUCAUAGGAGGCAGUUCUGCACUAGCGUCUGCGAUGAUGCUGGGCCCACGGUUGGGUCGGUACGACAUGGGGAAUGAACCACUGCCCCUUGGCUCCCCUGUGAACGCUGUCAUGGGUCUCUUUGUGCUGUGGUGGGGAUGGCUCGCUUUCAACUCUGGCAGCACCUAUGGAGUCAGCGGAGCCAAGUGGCACUACGCAGCCCGCGCAGCCGUUCAGACAAUGAUGGGCUCAUUUGGGGGCGGGUGCGUUGGGUUGGGUUACUCCAUGUUCCUGCGAGAAGGACGACUGGACAUCAUGGACCUCAUCAACAGUAUUCUGGGCUCUCUUGUCUCGAUCACAGUACAUAAGGAAGACAUCGAUAUAAAGGCGAGUUCUGUGAUGUUGGCAGCGGGGUGUUUCCUGUACCGGUCGUGGGAGGCACUGCUCAUCGGAACAGUAGGCGCGAUCAUUGCUUGCAUCUCCAUGCCCCUCAUAGACAAGAUGAGAAUCGACGAUCCUGUUGGAGCAUCGUCUGUACAUGGUGCAGCAGCAGUCUGGGGUGUCAUUGCAGUAGGGCUGUUUGCAGAUAAUCCAGAGCCACUUGACACCACAAGUGGGCGCAGUGGACUCUUCAAAGGUGGAGGCUGGUACAUGGUGGGCGUACAGACCUUAGGAGCAUUUUGCCUCACUACCUGGGGCAUAUUGAGCACUUGCAUCAUACUUUGGAUAGUGAACAAGAUUAUAUCAAUUCGGAUGGAUCCAUAUGAUGAGCUCAUUGGUGCAGAUUUAACAGAGCAUCACAUCCGACACAGCCAGGUUGGAGUAAGUCGUGCUGUAUCAGCCCUACGGCCCAUCUAUCACGCCAUCGCUGAUAUAAAAGACAUUCAAAAUGUGGGCAGUAACCCAGGUCAUGAGAAAUAUCUUCAGCAGAACUACUGUAUCAACCACAGAGAUAGAGAAAAUGUGUCACUAGCAAAGACAGCCAACAUAAGAAAAUCUACAAAAGAACAACAAAAGAAUCAGGAGAUCAAGAAGAAGAAGAAAACUAAUAAAGGGAGCAAUAAAAACAAUAAAGACGACUCACUGGCAACAAUGGAAGUACUGACUAAGACUGAGGACUUUCCAAAGUUUGCAUGGUUAGACUGAUGAGACAAAGGCUGCAUCCACAUUUUAAUCAGGAAGCACAUAGAAUCAAAUGCACAUCGGAUGCUGUACAAUGGAGCAAGAUAUGACAAAGGAAGCAAAUUCAUGUCAAACGAAGCACAAAUCAGAAACCAUGAUUAACCAUACUAGAGUCAGUGGAAAUGACUUGAAGAUCCAGUUGUACAACAAUCUAUUGUAAUUUUCCUCUGUAAUUAGGUACAAAAACAAUGCAUAAAGUAUAAAUACGUCAUCAGUUAUGAUUACAAGCAGACUUUUCUCAGCCAGUACACUCACUGACAAUCACCGUGUAUUGGCAAACUUGUCACUGGAGAAGUGUCACAUCUACUGAUGCUCUGCAUGUCGAUCUUGAGGCUACAACCAAUGCAGAGGACCAGAAAAUGUAUCUUUAGGAGAAAAGUGCCGUUUUUACCUAUCAUGAUAUAAAUCCAACAAAAAUUUUCUAAAUUUACAUAUCCACAACACACAGCACCACAACUACUGUCUUUCAAUGGUAAAUACCAUACCAGAUAUUUCAUACUUCUGAGUUUUACUUCAUAUAGCUAAAUAUUUUGGCAACAAUGUAUUAUUUUCAGACAAAACUAUUGUUUUCCACAAGACAAAAAUACAUAAAAUACAGCCUUGCCUAGAAUUUCUGUCUAAACCAACUAAAAUCUUUACAAGUUGUGUGGAACCACUAAGUUUCACAUGUCCCCAUGAUUGAUAUGUACCCUGAUUUUGUGGGGGAAAAAGUGGCUAAGGAGUCAGUAAAAGUUCACAUUAAACAUUCAGUAAACAAUCAGCUUCAUUUAGUAUAAGAGCAUCAA